AUGUUCACUCCUGAACAAAUCAACCCCUUCUAUGCUGCCUUAUUGAUUAUUGGAGGUAUCAUUGGAUAUGUUAAAGCUGGUUCAACUCCAUCGUUGAUCUCUGGUGCUGGUUGCGGAGUUCUUGUGGCUGCUUUUACCUUCCUAGAUCUUCCCCUCCGAGCUCUUGGCGUGACUGGUAAAUUUUUAGCUGAAGUUUGUGAUGCUGUUAACCAAAUGGUUGAUUGA